UAAUCAGCUGACUACGCUGUAUUUGGUUUUUUCGUGCAUUUCGGUUAAGGUCACUCUGAGCACAUCUUAUUUAUUGGGCUCUUGGUUUUUCUCCGAAAAGGAUUUGAUCCAGGAUCUAGAGGAAAAGGAUCUUCAGAAGAUGGGAGCCCGACAGUCUCAAUCCCGCGAACCCCGAUCCGUUUCGAUGGAAAACCCAACUCCUGCCGGCGUCAUCGACAUAUCCGAUGAUGUGGUCAAGCGGCUGAAGGCUGGAAUCUCCCAGCAGGCUCGUGAGCACGCUGCCGCUGCGGAGGAUUCGAAACCAGCGCCCAAGGCGUCUCCGAAGACGCCUGCCAAGCCAGCCACAUCUUCGCCAGCUCCUGCGACCCCUGCUCCCAAGGUGGCCUAUCCCGCUGCUGUGCCCAUUUAUGUCGGCGGUGGACACACCAUCAGUGCGGCGGAUGUGCAGCGCCAGAUGAACCAGGAGCUGGUGAAGAACGACGAGCUGUGGAAGGACCGCAUGGCGAAGCUGGAGGAAAACCUUAAGAAGACCAACACCAUCCUGGAGAAGGAGUACGCCAAUGCGGUGGACAAUGUGCACAAGCGAUUCGUGAGCACCGCAUCGGCGCACAAAGUGCCACCCUGCCAGGAUCUGAAGUCCCAGCUGCUCGCAUGCUAUCGUUCGCAUCCCGGCGAGACCCUUAAAUGCAUGGAGGAGGUGGCGCAGUUCCGGCAGUGCAUCGAUCAGCAUCGCGUCCAGAAACUGGAUGCGGAGCCAGAGGCUCCAAAAGCCACCACUGCAAAGGCUACUGUUCCUGCCAAGGCGGGCUAGAAGAAGCCUCUUUUAUUAUUGUCCUGAGUUGUUGAUCUUUUCAUUGAAGCCUCGUGUGGGUUUUGUAUAAACGAUAGAGCGAACGAUGGGAAUGCACUUCGUUAACUUAAGCGCGAAAGUGUCAUUGCAAGCGAUAGUAAACUAAUUUAAAUGAAUCAA